AUGAACACUACAAUCAACCAUCUUACCGGUCGUGAAAAUAUGCCUACAACCAACGUUUCAAGCGCUAACGAAAUCGCCAUGUCUACAACGUACAGCAAAAUUCAAGACGUCAUAAGAAAAUCCAACAAAGGACGAUCCACUAUUCAUGGCGACUCGUAUCAUCUCCGGGUGGCACUGCUGAUUAUAUUGCGCGCGUACCGAAUGCACCAACUGGAUCCCGAUUUCUUCUUUAUGAUCGCACUGGAAGUGUCGCAGGCCGGCAAAUUUGACGACAUACUGUACCACUACUCAUCGUCACGAUUAUUACCGGCUACCGGUUCUUUGUUCAUCCAAGCGAAACACAAACAGAAGCCUGCCCGUGCUGGUGAAGCGUCGGAACAAAAUGGUACCAGGGAACAGUCGAAACAGAGCGGAGGUUACACCAUAAAAGAACAAGCUCUGUGCGCUGUGGUCAAUUCCAAUGCCACUUAUUCGAUCCCAAUGUACUUUAUGUCGUUUCUGGAGAUCGACGAGAAUCUUCCGAACGAUGCGAGGUAUGUGCUGUGCACUAACGCACCACUCUACAAUGAACUGGAGUGCCAUUUUAGCAAAGUGAACCCACAGCAGGAAGAAUCGUUCCAAUUCUGUGCAGAUAUUGGAGCGACCUGUUAUCAGAUCGUGUGUGAGGUAAGCGAAAAACCACACCAACCAGGUCAACCGACGGACGAACGGAAACUGCCAAACAACCCAUUUAUAAGGCUGAUCGACCCGCUGAAAGACGCAUGUCUAGCUAAACUAGGAAAGGCAUUCGCUGAAGCUGUCGUUGAAGAACAGGUGAUCGAUUUGAAUAACGCACUGGUUCACACCUUCGCUGGGUUGAUAAUUGAAUGUAUAGAGCCAUUGAAACAGGAAACCAGCAAUCCUUCUGUAAGCACUUUUAGGUUCAAACAAGACUUUUCCAAUGCCAAGCAGAAAUCCACGGCAAUGUUUUAUAAGGCAUUUAAAGUCGAAUAUAACAAUCUAUGUCGCAAAGACAAACAGCUAAAAACUAACAAUAUCCUGCCACAUCAGGCGGAAAUUAAAUUCGACAGGGAUCAGUUUACGUCUGUUAGCAACAACAAGGCGGUCGGUGAGGAGGCAAUAUCGGAAAGGUUUGCGAAGAAAGUGCUCGAGUUCUAUGGCAAGUUUUUACUGGUGUGUAAUUCAUUGAGUGAGGAAGAUCUUCGCACGCAAGCGUUGGCCCUGUUGUCACAGUGCUGUAGUGUUGAGCCCGGAUUAGCGUUCGAAAAGUUUCAGGGCAUGCUGUUGGAUGCAAUGAAGAGCAAAAGCCCGUUUCAGUUUGAUCUGCCAUUUGUUACAGAAUGCUUCGCCAAGCUAGAACACGAGCAGAUCAUACAUAAUUUGAUAACUUCCUCAGAAGACUGUGUAAAGUCUUUACUUGCGAAACAGGGACACAUUGAAGUAAGGUUGGAGCGCUUUGAAAAUACCACGCUGUACGCAUUUCUUGCGGAUAUGUCUAAAUAUGAGGCUUUCGAGUUUAACACGUCGCUUGGCUUGAUAGUUAGCUCUCGUAUACUUAUUCAAAUGCUAGCGCCGUUGAAAUAUAAAACAGUGUUUGUUGACAGCACAAAGUACUCCGAUGCACAAGAUGUGAAGAGAAGGCUUCGAGAAUUGCUGGAAUAUCUUAAGGAGUUGAAUCAUGCUACCAUUAAAUUGAUAACGAUUCUAGGGAAGCACGAUCAAGGGUUUAAAGGAGAGAUGAACAAAUUGGCGAAACACUAUCGCCUAAAGAUCGUCGUUUUAGAGCAGUCGACAGGCAGCGGUGCACAUGCGGAUGGUAAUUUUAUGCGUUUUUACGUGGAAGAUCUUACACCUCGAUCUUUAGAUGAACUUUUCCAGCAACCCGAAUACGUGAUGUUCGGAACUGUUACGUCCCUGCGCCGAAUGGUACAUGAAAAAGAUGAUUUACACUUUCUGUUUACGGUAUUAGAGCUGUGUAAAGAUCGUUCGAGUUUGGUUCGAGGUCACAAUUCAAAUGCGAACAAUUAUAAGAAAAUUAAACGUUGGUACAUUCAUCGCCAGAUUGUGCCAUACGAGCAGAAAAUAGAGUGGAAAAAAACUGACUACAUUUUGUCAUCCCAUGCUUCAGAAAUAGAUCGCGCUCUGGCCUCGAACAUUCAGGAGCCGGAUCCACCCAAUUUCCAGACUGGCGAGAAUAAAAAUAAGGUGUGCGUGUUCCUUAACGAUGCAGGACACGGUAAAACAACUUACCUGACCUGGCUUGCUUCGCGUUUGACGUCGAGCGAACCUGAGCUGUACGUUAUCAAGUUUAUCGCGCUAGAAUUCUCGACCGAUUUCGAACGGUUGCAAAAUGGACCAAAUCCACAUAAAUUGAACAAUACGGCAAUCUUGCGCUUGCUGUAUCGCUACGUUCAUCUGGCACUGUUUGUACCGAGCGUCAACAAGCGUACGGUGAAGGAGACUGAUGUACAAAGGAAGGAAGCCGAUCGUUGUGCGACACGGUUGACAGUUACUGACAAAGGUCCUAUAGCGUUGGAUACUCAAGCAAUGGCAGGGACCGAACUGUCGCCCGAAGAGCUGAUCGAGUUGCGCCUGUUCGAGGUGAAGUUUAACGAACAGAAGAUGGUGUUGAUUCUUGAUGGAUUCGACGAAAUUGCCCCACACUACAAGGAGGUGGUGCUGAGCUGCUUUGCAUGCUUUGUCCAGCUUUACGGCGUACGAUCGCUGUAUUUGUCUACUCGGCCGUACGGGUUUGCGACGGAUUUGAAGCAAACCUUUAACGAAUGCCAUCUAUAUAAGCUAGCACCAUUAUCAAAAUAUAAUAUCAUACUUUCCUUUCACAAUUUUCUACUUCGUAAUUUGGAAGGUUACAAGUACUACGAUGACCACCUGAGCAUAUUGCGUAAGCUGUAUGCGAGCCUGUAUUAUCUGAUGUCUGACAUUGUAACAGUGCCUCUAUUGCUGUACAUGGUGCAAAUCGUGCUACUACCCGACAUCAGGGAGCGAGUUAGCGAACAAUCGCACACGAUCACAGUUAAUAUAUUUCAGCACGCAAAGCUCGCACUAUUUCAGCUGGUUGAACGUUUCGUUGACAAAAAGCUGGAAAUUUCGAACAUCGAAAAAACCGGUACAACCGAUUCGGCCAGCAAGACGCCAGCAGCCAGGACGAACGCAGCUGUAUUAAACCGGAAAGCGAAAAAAGACCACACCCUGAUGGCCAUGUACGUUAUGUUCGAUGAUAGCGCGAGAAAGAAACUAUUGUCUGGCAAGGAACGACAGCGUGCCGACGAUCGGAUGCAGAAAGUAAUCGCUGGCGAUCAAAAGGUGGGACUCAUUCUGCAAGUACAGGAUGGUGUGCCCCAAUUUUUGCAUCGAAUAUUUGCCGAAUAUUUUACUGCCGUUUGGUUGUUCAAAAAUAGGUCACGCUUUAGGGAGGAAGAGAUAUUCCAAUCCUCCACGAUCUGGUCGUCCAGCUUUGCGAAAACGCGCUACUUUUUGGACCUGAUGCUUGUACGAGAACGAAGUGGUUGCGAUAUACACUGGGCGCUGAUUAAUCGCUUCAAUAUAGAGGUUGUAAAAAUAGUGAGAGUUAAUCCUGAUGCCGUUGGCAACAAAGACGCAGGUGGCCGAAUACCGCUGCAUUUGGGCCCAUACGUGGACAAUGAAACCGUACUGCAAGCGACAUCCCUUGAGCUUAUCGAUACACCUGAUGCACUAUUGGGAUGGAGUGCUUUAGAUUAUGCUUUUGUGCUGGAUGACGAUCAAUGGUGUAGCCACGAAGAGGAUACUAUCGAUCGAGAAGAAAUUCUGGACGAGCACGAUGAAACGUUGCACAUGACAGUCAACAUCCCGUUUGUUAAACAUUGCUGUCUCAAGUGGUUGGAAUGCGGUGAUCAAUGGAAACGAUUCAACGACGACGAUGAAUUUGAUUUGGAAUGUUUUUUAGCAUAUGUGAUAAACGUCGGCAGCUUACCGAUGACAAGUCACGCGAAAUCCUUACCAGCGUUCCAAUAUCUUCUCGACAAGACGCUCGAUCUACACAGUGUCGAUGUGGAUGGAAGAAAUUUGCUUCACAUCGUACUAGAGGAGGGUUGCGUGUACCUGCUGCCGUGUUUAAUCGCCAGAGGCUUCGGCCUAAUGCAGAUAAACAAGCUUACCAAUGUAUGUAAGAAGCUUUUAUUCCUUAGAGCUCAAUAUCGUACGGCCAACACAUUUUCGUACCUUCAUCAAACAUUGUGUCUGAGCAGUUUCGCACCCUUUGAAGCAACGGGCGAGAGCAUUUUUGAUAUCGCAAUUGCCCACCAUCGUUAUCAAGUGGCACUUGCACUGAGAUGUUAUCCAAACACAAAGAAGAUCGUUUGUUAA